GCGGCUGCCCUGACGUGGGCUGCAGCUGCACAAGCUGUCUGUUGAUCGCUUAUGUGGCUUAUUAACACCCCGAGUUUAUUAUAAGCCGGGUGGAUUUCUCUGGGCGACUUAAGCUGCUGUCACCGAGGAGAGAUACCCAAGAGUCUGACGGCAGACACUUUGACCCCACGGGCAUGUCGUAAGCUUUUAUCCGGCGGCUGACUUAAAACUGAGAAUAGGCUUUUUCAAAUGUAGCAUGCUAGCUAGCAAGUUGCGUCGCGUACAGCGUAACACAGCCGUUUUUGUUCUGCUCCUGGAACAGCCCCUGCAUGACAAAUGAGCACAAGUGGGAAGCAUAGGUAGGUGGCAAGACGGCAACAGCGGUCGUUUUUGUUGGAAGGAAGAAAAAAAAACAGAAAACGUGUCGGGAGUCAAUCGCUGGUUGGCUAUCCUGAGCCCCCGGGGCUAACCCCCGGUCGCCGACGGAAUUAAUGGCCGGAAAUCCGAGGAGGGGCGCCGGUCUCAUCGGCUUGAUGAAGGACGCCUUUCAGCCCCACCAGCAGCCUCUGCAGCCUCACCAGCCUGCAGUGGUCGAUAAGAAAAUGGUGGAGAAAUGCUGGAAACUCAUGGAUAAGGUGGUGCGCUUGUGCCAGAACCCAAAGGUGGCGCUGAAGAACAGCCCGCCCUACAUCCUGGACCUGCUGCCGGACACCUACCAGCACCUACGCACCGUUCUGUCGCGGUACGAGGGCAAAAUGGAGAUCCUCGGGGAGAACGAGUAUUUCCGCGUGGUCAUGGAGAACUUGACCAACAAGACGAAGCAGACCAUGAGCCUUUUUAAGGAGGCCAAGGAGAGGAUGUUCGAGGAGAACUCCCAGCCCAGGCGGAACCUCACCAAGCUGUCUCUGAUCUUCAGUCACAUGCUCGCAGAGCUAAAAGCCAUCUUCCCCAAUGGCUUAUUUCAGGGGGACAACUUCAGGAUCACCAAAGCUGAUGCUGCAGAAUUUUGGAGAAGGUCAUUCGGGGACAAGACCAUAGUGCCAUGGAGGACAUUUCGCCAGGCUCUCCACGAGUUUCACCCAAUCAGCUCGGGCCUGGAGGCCAUGGCUCUCAAGUCCACCAUCGACCUCACGUGCAACGACUACAUCUCCGUCUUUGAGUUCGACAUCUUCACCCGGCUCUUCCAGCCAUGGUCGUCUCUUCUAAGGAACUGGAACAGCCUGGCGGUCACACACCCGGGUUACAUGGCCUUCCUCACCUACGACGAGGUCAAGGCCCGACUGCACAGGUUCAUCCACAAACCCGGCAGCUACAUCUUCAGGCUGAGCUGCACUCGGCUGGGCCAGUGGGCCAUUGGCUACGUGACAGCUGAUGGGAACAUCCUGCAGACCAUCCCCCAUAACAAACCCCUCUUCCAAGCCCUCAUUGAUGGAUACAGAGAGGGAUUCUACCUGUUCCCAGAUGGCCGUGCACAGAACCCGGACCUAACAGGGCUGUGUGAACCUUCUCCACAGGACCACAUCAAAGUCACUCAGGAGCAGUAUGAGCUUUACUGUGAGAUGGGCUCCACCUUCCAGCUCUGCAAGAUCUGUGCAGAGAACGACAAAGAUGUGAAGAUAGAGCCCUGCAGACAUCUGAUGUGCACUUCCUGUCUGACGGCGUGGCAGGAGUCGGAGGGCCAGGGCUGCCCAUUCUGCCGCUGCGAGAUCAAAGGUACCGAGCCCAUCGUGGUGGACCCGUUCCACCCCAAGGCCAGCGGGGCUUCCUUUGCUGGGUUUCAGGGUUCCAGCAGAGCGGAGGCGGCCGCCAAUGACGAGGAGGAGGACGAUCGCCUGGAGGACCACCUAGUCAUGAGCAGGCUGGCCUGCACCAAGGUGGAGCGCCCACCCUCUCCAGUGUCUCAGCUGCCUCCAGUGCCCCCCAGGCUGGACCUGCUGCAGCAAAGACCCUCCAGCUCCCACAGCCCACAGACUCAGGGAGCCACAUCCAAAAUGGCAGCCACCCACAGAGACAAGCCUCUACCUCUGCCCCCAGCCCUCAGAGAGCUUCCCCCUCCCCCACCUCCCGAGCGCCCCUCCCUGGUCGGCCAGGACUGCAGACUCCAGAGGAGGCCGCUGCCGUCUACCCCUGACCAGGCGUCCUGGGCCUCCAACUACAUGGUGCCGCGUCCGGCCACCAAGGCCCCGCCUGCCCUGUCCGCCGCGCCUCCCAACAACGGCUCCAGUGGAGAGGGAAGCAAACCCCAGGCGGCCACCAACGUGGUCUACUGCCUGGCUGCGAGACCGCUGCUGGCGGCGGCCAGCGUGGAGAAGCCUUCGUCGGACUGUGAGGAGAACGAGUACAUGAGUCCCACCUCCCUUCCCGCCUCCGGUGCCCCUUGGGUAAUAACGGGCUCCUCGGUGCCCCCACCGCCGGUGCAGGCCAACCACCACAAUGACGUCAGCGAGGUUGCCGUCGGCGACUCGGAGGAGCCCAUCGUCUACGAGUCCAUGUGUAACAUCCAGGCGCAGGCGACCUCCUGUGAGGCGCCGCAGGCCUCUGAAUUGGAACCACCUCAGCAUCCGGCCGCGCUUCCCCGGGACAAGAAGGAGGAGGCCAUUGAGGAGGAUAUCUACGAGUACGACUGUCCCAGGCCCAUUCUCCCUCCCGCCCCCACCAGGAGGACCAUGUCGGACAUGGGCGGCCCCUCGGCGGCCUUCAGCUCUCUCAACAUUGACGCCGCAGUCGAAGCCGGUAUGUUUGCAGCAGGCGGCGAGCCCGAACGGCCCCCCAAACCACUCCCCCGGCGAGCCAACUCGGACCGGCGGCCUCGGCCCGUCAACCGGGAGAUGCCCGCUCCGCUGCCCGAGAUCCCCGGUCCCUCCUCUGCCUCUUCCUCCACCCCCCCUCCUCCUCCUCCUCUCGCCCCCCCUACGCCUGCGCCUCCCGCCGGAAGCCAGACCUUAAACGGGGAGAUCGAAUGCUUGGUGUCCCAAGGCUACUCCAUUCAGGACAUCCACAAAGCCCUGAUGAUCGCGCAGAACAACCUGGAGACGGCCAAGAACAUCCUCCGAGAGUUCGUCUCCAUCGCCACAUAGUGUCCCCCCCCCCCCCCCCAACCCCACCCCUCCUCCUGGUCUCCGUCUCAGUUUGUGCCAUUAUGAUGGAUAGCAUUUACCAAGCACUUUCCUGCAGGGCCACAAGUACUUGACUCCGAAGGGUCGGGUCCAGUAGCUGCGUUUGCGUUGCAUCGGGAGGCGACAUCACCUGCAGUCUUGAACUGCACAUGGUGUCACUUGCUUUUCUAAGUGGAGUUUUGUGUUUUUUUUUUUUAUAUAUAUUAUUUUGAUUAUCUUGGACCACUGUUACGCCGAUGUCAACCGUUGGGACAUGGAAAGACCUCAACCCUCUCGCUUACCCGUACUCUCCACGUGUUUAUUGAUUAUUUGUCCUUGUGGGCUCAGAAGUACGCGGCGGUCGCUCCGCUUUUGGCUUUCAGGAGCACAUUCGUCCGAUGCCACCUGAACGCAGCGUACAGGGAGAAUGCGAGCCUUUCGAUGUGAGCUCUCUUUAGCCCCCCCCCCCCCUCUGUUCCACCUUCUCUCGUUCAGUGUUGAAGUUCCAGGGACCGGUAGAAGGACCCUGCGUAUGGUCUUGGUUUCCGAUCCCGGUUCACCCUUCUGUUUGUUUGGUGCUUUUUACGGCUUCUCUGCAAAUGUGUGGCGUGCGAGUACAUGUAGCGGCGCUAGUGCUGUCGGGAGAAAAAUGAGUGAUUAACUCUGUGGCGUGCGUGUCUGUAUGUGUGCGCUCAGUGCUGAUGAAUGUGAACGCCGGCGUGCAGGGCUUGGAUCCGUACGCGUCGAUGGUAUUCGACACAUUGAACUUUAUUCCGUACGUCCUCUCGGCUCAACGGUGGAGCCGUUAUGAAAUAACACAAUUUAAUGUUACACUGAUGAAUUGUAGUUCUGACUGGCUGGAUUUUUACUGAAGUUUAAUUCCGUGAAUGCCUGCCACCCUCCCAGGUGGUGUGACGCUGAAGGUGGGUCUGCUUACUAUAAAGCUUCUUAUUAAUAAGCAAAAGGACUUUACGGGGAUGGUGCACAUUGGUUGAGGUGGGAACGUGAGAGGUACUUUUCCAUAAUGGGUUCACUACUUACAGUAGAUUGGGACAAAGGUACACCAAAAGAGAGAAUCGGUCACCACUUGGUGUUCUAAAUGUUCUCCUGCGACCAGACUCCAUUGACAAAAACACUCCUUUUAUCUUGUGCAGAACACAUGAGUUUCUGUUUGUUUAGUCGCUGGUUGGAUUGUUUGUGUUCUAGAAAAAGACUUUUUGUAAAUCCAAACCAACCCUUUAAAACACAAAGUCCCUGAACAACACAAAGCAACCAACCGGUCGAGGCAGUUUCAUUUAAAGGAGUCUUGUGGUUCUGCCCCCCCCCCCCUCCCCCUCCCCACGUGGAUGUGAUGUGAGCUCUGGUCAUGUACGCAGGCGAAGGGGUGCCCUCUGAGCCCUUAGCGGUGGUCUGAAUGUACGUAUUCAGCAAAUGAAUCGAUCAGCUCAAUAGGUUGUGUGUGUGCAGGCUCUGCCCGUGAAUAACGCUGACCGUGGGACCAGAUCUCCCAAUUUGUCCCCGUUUUAUUGAGACUGAGUGAGAACUCCAAAUAGUUCCCUGAAGUUGUGGACCACUCAGGUUUUUUGGAUUUCUUUCCAGCGGACCAAUAAAGAGCAGCUCUCACUGCCAGAAACGAGCCGAGAGCACGAGUCCACGUUCCCAUCUCAAACACAGACGAUCCCGUCAGGCUAUAGAGUACACAAAAAAAAAAAAAAAAAAAAAAAUCGAUCUUCAGUGGUCGCUUUUGAUUUCUGCAACGUUAACGUGCCUUCUGUCAAUCGCAACCUGCACACGCCAGCAGCAGACGAACCAAAACAAAUGACAUCUGCACCCUUUCUCGUUUUAUUUGGAGCCUUUUUUUCUGUAAGGAUUGUCAUAUUUAUUCAAAUUCAGUCACAAAAUAUCAAAUGUUGGACAAAAUGGUUGUGCGCUGUAUACAUCACAGUAAACGCACAAUAAUUGAAGCGCUUGUAUACUCUGUUUUCUUGCAAUCCGGAGGUACUAUUUACCAUUUACUAUACAAGACAUUUCUUUUCCUUUUUGUUAAUGAAUGCAUAAUGCAACCGUACUUUGCUGUUUCUGUACCGCAGUCUUGAAAGUCGAUACUAAUGUUGGCAGUUAGAUCCACAAAGGACUGCAGCUGCAAAGCCCCCCCCCCCCUCCCUCCCCCCAUUCUAGUCACAUGAUCACUUUUCUUCGUGCUGCGAUAUUUGCACCUCUGCUGCUGCUGUGUGCAGCGAUGACCUCUUCAGUUCAGAGAAUUUACAUGCGUUUUUUUUUCUUUUUUUUCCAACGUGCAUGUGAUUAAGUCACUAACGGAAUAGUGAAGAGAAAUGCCUUGCGUGUUGCAAAAAUAUUUUUUGCAGUAGUAGCUUAUUAAUAAUACAUUUACCUAACCGCUAACAUGACAUUUCUCUGGCGUGUAGAACAUUUGCUGCUUUUAACAACGAGGAGCAUUGCUGUCGGUGAUCGGAUGAAAACCAGGUUUUGUGGCUUCUUCUUCUAGGCGGUUCUGGCAUAUUAGUCAGACUGCACAUUUUAAAUUGCAUACAUUUUUUUUCUUAAAAGACAUUUUGAACUAUGUGGACAUGGCUGUAGAAUCCAGUCAGGCUCAAUGUGUUUUGAGUAACUUGAGAAACCAGUUGAUGUAAAAUAAUGAGGCAAAAACUCAAGUUUUUACAAGCAGAAACUGCACAUUGACCCCCCCAGCCCCCCUACACACACACACACACACACACACACACACACACACAGGGCUGAGUUUGUGGAGUCUGACGUUUGGUAGGUUGAUUUUUUUUUUUUUCUUUUUUUUUUUUAACUUGGGCGUUUAAAAAAAGCAGUGUUUAUGUGGUCCGUCCCAAAGGCUCCAACGGACCAACUCGACCACGAAAGAGCCGCCGUGUGAGGACACACCCCGCUGCCCCCCCCCCCCCCCCCACACACACACACACACACACACACACACACACACACACACACACUCCUCAGUCACCAGCCACAGCUGCUGGUGAGCGUUGUCAUGGUAACUAACAUUUUCAACAAGAACUUGCCUACUAAAAGUUGUCUUUAUUGUUUUGUAAUGGCCUUUUGUAAAUAUGAUUUUAUUUAUUGUCUUUAAUAUCCUCAGCAUUCGUUGUGUUGCCAUGUUUCAUGCCUAAGCCAUUAAGAUUUUUAAUUAAACAGUAUUUUCUUUAA